CAGUGUUGCUAAGUGAUGCAUUCCAGAGUUCUUGACUGUGAACUCCUGUGACUGCCAGUGGUGUACCUGAAGGAUCAUUGGCCUUUUUACACAAUGGCUAACAGCCGAUUUUCUUGUACGCAAAUUUGGGUUAAGAUGUAUGGGUAUUUUGCGGGGCUGUGUCGGCGUCUCCAGAAAUUCUGGCGUGUCACUGUUAAGGGCUUUUUUGUUAAGAAGAAGGAAAAAAAAAUCCCUUCAGCUGAGACUUAUUUUCAUGAGGAAAAAAUUGUUGUACUUGGCCAAGUGUUGAUGAAUGAAUCUCUACCCAUUGAGAAGAGAGCUCAAGCUGCCCAGAAAAUUGGACUGCUGGCCUUCACAGGAGGACCACCUGCUGGGAACUUUGCAGCUGAGUACAUGGAAGAAGUGGCUCACUUGUUGCAAGAUGAGGAGUUGGCACCAAAAAUAAAGAUCCUGCUGCUCCAGAGUGUGGCAUGUUGGUGUUACUUAAACCCUGUCAGCCAGAAAAGAGCCAAAAGUCUGCAAUUUAUUCCUAUUCUCAUUAGUUUUUUUGAAGGCAGAUUCGAGUCUACUAUCAAAAGUGAAAUAAACAGCUACCUCCUCCUUAAAUUUUGGACUUGUUACGUUCUCUCUGUCAUGACAUGCAAUAACUUGUCUUGCGUCAAGGAGCUUAAAGACCACAGUGCUCUAAAAUAUCAUUUGCAAAUGUUGGCUGCUGAGAAUUGGUCUGGAUGGACAGAGAAUUUUGCAGAGGUGCUGUAUUUCCUAAUUGGUUUUCACAGGAAUUAGUUUCUCUAAAUCCAGUUACAUGUUGCAGCUCUCUGUGCCACUGUAUUACCCUGGAAAACUGAAAUAAACAAUAAAAAUCGAUGUUUUCCUUUGUA